AUAUGUCUAAAGUAGUAAUACAAUGUGAACUUGUACAUCUUUUUAUUUUGUUCGCAGAAUAUUUACACGAACCAUUACAACAAUUUAUAUCAACAUUACCGGUUAACGUUAAACUUUAUAGAAAUCAAGUACGUUUGGGACUUAUUAGUUCUCGUGUAAAAGCGGCUAAACUGGCUACGGGUGAAACGUUAAUGUUUUUGGAUUCUCACGUUGAAGUAUUAAAUGGUUGGCUUUUCUAUCUAUUAGAAGAAAUUCAAAAAGAUCGGAAAACAGUUAUAUGUCCAAUAAUUGAUGUAUUAACAUGGAAUUCGUUUGAAUUAUUGCAAGGUGCCACAGAUAUUUUUGGUACAUUUAGUUGGAAAAUGAUAUUUCGUUGGUCCAAAAUUACAAAUGAAAAUUAUGAUCAUAAUGAUCAUUCGAAACCAGUUCGUUCUCCAACAAUGGCUGGUGGUUUGUACGCAAUCGAUCGAUUAUAUUUUGAAGAAUUAGGUUAUUAUGAUGAAGGCAUCAAAAUUUGGGGCGGAGAAAAUCUAGAAAUGUCGUUUAAGGUUUAA